AAGAGUGGGAAAGAGAAGGGAAGGGAAGAAAGACAGAGUGAGAGAGAGAAAGGAAGGCAAAGAGAAGGGGAGAGAGAAGGGAGAGACAGAGAGCGAGAGAGAGUGGGAGGGGAAAAAAAGGAAAAGCUGGCAAGCAGCUGAUUUGUCAGGAGGGUUUCCCAGAGAGCUCUGCUAUUCGUGUCCCAGCACUCAUGCUGCACUGAGCCUCGACAGCCGCCUGCCCUCCCUGCACUGGUUACUGUCCAACCUAGAACACGCUCAGAGAAGGAGAGAGCUUGUGUGUGUGCGGUGUAUUUUAGACAGAGAGCAAAAAGUGUUCUAUCAAGAAGAGGAAAAAGUAAGGUGAAGUUAUAGAGUGCACUCAAGAACAGAGAUAAAGCCUCUCACUGCUCCAUUGUUUCACCUACAGUCUGAAACUCUUUCAUCAUGGAGGUGCUAGAAGUCCCCAGCCUGCAGCUGGACACUCCUGAGCAGGAGAAGACCCUCACCGAGAUUUCUGACGAUGAGGUCAAUCUGCCACCCUCUGAUGAUGAUGAGGAGGCUGCCACCACCUCGGAUGCCAAGUCCAAGGAGGCCGCAGAGAAAGAGCAGGCAGAGGAGGGAGACAAGAGCACUGGCCAGAUGAACGGAGUGAUGAUUUUGUCUCUGCUGGAUAAGAUCAUUGGGACGGUGGACCAGAUUCAGCAGACGCAGGCCGGCCUGGAGGCCAGGCAGCAAGAGAUGGAACGUUCAGUGACUGGCAUCCAGGGCGAGCUUACCAAGCUGACCAAGAGCCACACUACCACGGCCAACUCUGUCAACAAGAUGCUGGAGAAGGUGCGCAAAGUCAGCGUGAAUGUGAAGACAGUGCGCAGCAACUUGGAGAAGCAGGCUGGCCAGAUAAAACGGCUGGAGAGCAACGAGAGCGAACUCCUCAAGAGGAGGAACUUCAAAGUCAUGAUCUACCAGGAUGAGGUGAAACUUCCCUCCAAAGUCACAGUGGCCAAGUCCAUGAAAGUGGCCCAGCCAGCUGAGGGUGAAGGUGAGUUGGAGCUCAAAGCGGCUGUGGAGGAAGGUGGAGAGGAUGGAGGAGAGAAGGCUCACGUGGACCUGUCCUCUGAUGAAGAAGAGGUGGAGAUUGAGGAGACCAUCGAAGAGACUCGAGCAGAACGCAUCAAACGCAGCAGUCUGCAACGUGUCCAGAACAUCAAAACGGUCUUCUCAAAGGAAAAGAUGGAGAAGACCAAACAGAAGACAAAAGAAAACUUGGAGAAAACCAAGCAGAAGACCAAAGAGAACCUGGAGAAGACUCGUAUGAAGACCAAAGAAAACUUGGAAAAGACCAAGCAGAAGACCAAGGAGAACUUGGAGAAGACUAGGCAGAAGACACGGGAGAAUCUGGAAAAGACGCGGCACAACAUUGAGAAGAAAAUGGGCAAGCUCAGCACCCGCAUGUCUGUCAAUCCAGAGCGCAAAGAGAAGCUGAAAAGUUCACAGAAGAAGAUGGUGAAGUCUUUCACGCCUGAUCACACCAUUUACGCUCGGUCCAAGACCGCUGUGUACAAGGUCCCACCUUUCACCUUCCAUGUGAAAAAGAUCCGUGAAGGGGAGGUGGAGAUCCAGGGCACAGAAAUGGUGGAAGUAGGUGGGGAGACAGAGGAGGUAGAGAAUGGAGUGAUGGAGGGAGGAGAGGAAGAAGAGAUGGAGCUGGAGGGAGGAGAGGCAGGGGAGAGGGAGGACAGCCCUGAGUUGCUAGAGGCAGUGGAAGAUUCUGAGUUAGUGCUUGAGGAACAGGAUCAUGAGAGAGAUAGUGACUAGACAGAGCUUUGUGUGUGUUUCAAUGUAUGUGUGUGUCUGUGUGUGUGUGUGUGUGUGUGUGUGUGUGUGUGUGUGUUUGGGAAUGUAAUGUGCAGAAAUUGGGAGUAUACUUUACGCUGCGGCUGCAGAUGUUGGAAGUUGUUGGGAAAAGUAUGUGAGGGUGUAUGAAUGCAUGUUUGUGGGAGUGUAUGUGCUCUUGUGUCUGUGUCCAUUUAAUUUCAAAAAUGACGUCACAUUAUGGUGUAAGGAAUGGUCAUUAAAAUGGUGGGCCUACUUACUAGUCGAAGUAAACUGAUCGCUCAGUUAAGUUGAUUUUCCGUGGGGGUUUGGGGUGAGGAUUCUACCCCUUAGAAAGGGGUUCUGACCAUUUAAAUACCAGUAAGUGUUGACAUGAAAUCAUUGUCACAACUUGACAGCAAGGCAAAUAAGACAGAAGGAUUAUGAAAAUUGUCAGAUAUUGAGAAUCCUGAAAAAUUGAAAAAAGCACUCAGACUUAUGCUUCUAUGGAAUUAUAACAUCUUUCUUGUUUUCUUUGCUUUUUUAAUUAAUGUACUACUAUUACAUCUACACCUAGAGCUAUUCUAGUCAACAAACUCAAUUUUACUUACGGGAUGCAGGGAAGAGAGGAAACAUAAAGCAAAAUACAAAAACAAGCAUCUGGAACAUUGCUUCUGAGUCGUAUUUUUAUAUAUCUUAUUCUUAGAGUUGUACGUGGAAAAUUUCCUUUCUUUAAGAUGCACAGUUAUUAUUUUCUGUUGUUACACUGAAGUUUGAGCAUUUUGUUUAAUGUUUUUGUUUCAUUUUUAUUAAGGAUCGUCCAGAUUGAUCUUAAACCAGUAAACAGCCUCACAUGAGUAUCAGAGGCCCAAUAUGGAAUUGCUGCAGUUGGCUGGCACCUUUCUGCUACUGCAAGAAGACAGGCUCACAUGUUCUCAUUAAGUAAACUCCGAGUUAGUCCUGGUUUGAUCCCUUAGGACUAUGACAGGGGCACCAUACCUUACAUACAGCACUUAGCUGAAAAACUAAAACUAAAGCUAGGUAAUCAAAUCAAGAUUAAUCAAUUUCACAGCAAUGUUUAGGCAAGUGAACGCCAUUAGUUUUUCCAUUGCUGCAGAGUGCAACAGCAUUCAAUCAAUUUAUGUCUAAUGUAGUUAUACAAAACCAAAGUGCUCUCUAGUGGCCAAAUCUGGUAGUGACACAUCAAGCUAAUGCAAACUGAGGAACAGGUGGAAUGAACCCUGUGUGUAUAGGAGUGACUUCUACCGAAACAUGCCAGCAGCAUCUAUAGAUUAAGAGCACAGAACACAUAUUAUUACACACUUACAUAUUUUUAAUCAGCGGAACAUAUACAAGCAGUUAUAUAGCAAUCAAGAACAAACUCAUGUCAAUUAAUACAAUGUGUGUAUUUCUUUGUAUUCAAAUGUAAAUACAGUUCAAAUGUGAAUCAAUGCCAAUAUACUACAGAAUCUCAGUCCAUGUCCUAUGGAAUUCUUGCACUGCACAGUUUUGUGUUACCCCUACCUAACUAAUUACUGAACUUUCUACAAGCUAAAUUGGGUGUGUUAUCAUACAGCAAACACAACAAUGUGCAGUGCAUAGUGUGCCUAGGACUGAGAGCCACUGCAUUCCACAAAAUGUUUGUAGUCUUCUCUGAAAGCAUCAGCAAGCUGCCUUUACUUUAUAUUGCUUUCACUGGUCAGAUGUCACUGAAUUGAUAACUGUUCAUCACAUCUUGUAUUGUUUGCCAGAUUCCAUAUUUACGCAUUUUAGACUUUUGUCUUAUUUUAUUCUAUAUAUAUUAUUGCUUAUGCAACUGUUGAUGUAUAUGGAGUCUAUCUCUUGUAAUGUCACCCUGCCUACUAAUUUGUUAAUAAAAGCAGUCUUAUUCACGUAAA